AUGGCGGGAAGGGGUGAAGACAUCUUAAACCAGAGGAACGAUUCUCUAGUUGUGGAGUUUCAGUCAUCAGCCAGCAGAUGCAGGAGUGUCUAUGAGCCAGAUAGGAAUGCGUUACGGAGGAAAGAACGGGAAAGAAGAAACCAGGAGACUCAACAGGAUGGUGGCGCGUUCAACUCCAGCUACUCCCUCUUCAGUGAGCCCUACAAGACUAACAAGGGGGAUGAGCUCUCCAACCGGAUCCAGAAUACGUUAGGCAAUUAUGAUGAAAUGAAAGACUUUUUAACUGAUAGAUCCAAUCAGAGUCAUCUUGUUGGCGUCCCCAAACCAGGGGUUCCUCAGACUCCUGUGAACAAGAUCGAUGAACAUUUUGUUGCAGAUUCAAGAGCCCAGCCCCAGCCCCCAUCUGUCUGUAGCACUGCAUCCUCCACACCAGCAGCCGGCCCCGGGCAGCAGAAUAAGAGAGGCACUGUGGGCUGGCAGAAGGCUGGGCACCCGCCGUCUGAUGGCCAGCAGAGAACAGCACCACAGGGCUCUCUCAGGACCUUGCUUGGAGAUGGUGUUGGCAGACAGCAGCCCCGGGCCAAGCAAGUGUGCAAUGUAGAGGUGGGGCUUCCGACCCAGGAAAGGCCACCUACAAUGGCCACGAAGCACGGCAGCGGUGGACACUGUGUUCAGAACUUUCCUCCAUCCCUGGCUUCAAAGCCCAGCCUGGUCCAGCAGAAACCAACUGCAUAUGUGCGGCCGAUGGAUGGCCAGGAUCAAGCUCCUGAUGAGUCUCCCAAGCUGAAGUCGUCCACGGAAGCUGGUGUGCACUAUGCGUCCUACAGGGGAGUCCCAGCUGGCAAGCCAGAGUCGGCCAGGGCCAAGGCCAAGCUUUCCAAGUUUAGCAUCCCGAAGCAAGGAGAGGAGAGUAGAUCUGGAGAAAGCAACAGCUGUGUGGAAGAAAUAAUCCGGGAGAUGACCUGGCUUCCACCACUAUCUGCUGUUCAAGCACCCACCAAAGUGGAACCGAGCAAAUUUCCAUUUCCCAAUAAGGACUCUCAGCUGGUAUCCUCCGGACACAAUAACCCAAAGAAAGGUGAUGCUGAGCCGGAGAGUCCAGACAAUGCCACAUCGAAUACGUCAAUGCUAGAAGAUGACCUUAAGCUAAGCAGCGAUGAAGACGAGAGUGAACAGCAGGCCGCCCAGAGAACAGCUCUCCGAACGCUAUCUGACAGCACCGUGGUCCAGCAGACCAACUGCAGGAGUUCCGUGCCGUCCAGCAAGGGCAGCAGCAGCGGCAGCAGCAGCAGCAGUAGCAGCUCUUCCAGCGACUCAGAGAGCAGCUCGGGAUCCGACUCAGAGACUGAGAGCAGCUCCAGCGAGAGCGAGGGCAGCAAGCCACCCCACUACUCCAGCCCCGAGGCCGAACCGGCAUCCUCCAACAAGUGGCAGCUGGACAAAUGGCUCAACAAAGUCAACCCGCACAAGCCGCCGCUGCUGACCCCGAGUGACGGCCCCGCGCCCGAGGGCGCGCAGUACUCCCCGGCGGGGAAGGAGGACGCGCAGGACGGCGCCAAGCUGCCCGACGCCUGCCCGGCCGAGGCCGGGGCCGCGGGCGCGCGCGCCGCCGUGGGCUCCAUCAACGCCAGGACCACCAGCGACAUCGCCAAGGAGCUGGAGGAGCAGUUCUACACGCUGGUCCCCUUCGGCCGCAACGAACUCCUGUCGCCGCUCAAAGACAGCGACGAGGUCAGGGCCCUCUGGGUCAAAAUCGACCUGACGCUGCUCUCCAGGGUCCCAGAGCACCUGCCCCAGGAGCCCGGGGUCCCGAGCGCUGCGGCCGCCAAGGACCCUGAGGGGGCGCCGCCCAGCCACGCGCGCGACGCCACGCCCGAAAAGGCGCUGCCCAAGUCCAAGAGGAAACGCAAGUGUGACAACGAAGAUGACUACCGGGAGAUGAAGAAGGCCCAGGGAGAGAAAGAAAGCUCUUCGAGGCUGGCCGCCUCCUCCAACAAUACCUCGUCUGCCAACCACUGCAACAUGAACAUCAACAGCUUGGCAAUACCAGUAAAUAAAAAUGAAAAAAUGCUCCGGUCACCCAUCUCUCCCCUCUCUGAUGCGUCCAAACACAAAUAUUCCAGCGAGGACUUGACCUCUUCCAGCCGACCUCAUGGCAACGGUGUGUUCACUUCCUCCUCUUCCAACAAAAAGCCGAAGGCCGACAGCCAGCUGCAGUCGCACGCCGGAGACCUCUCGAAAACAGCUCACAGCAACUCCGAAAAUGGUGUCCUCCACAGCAAGUCGCGGCCACAAACAGAGCCCUGGUCACCAGGCUCCAAUGGCCACAGGGACUGCAAGAGGCAGAAACUGGUCUUCGAUGAUAUGCCUCGAAGCGCAGAUUAUUUUAUGCAGGAAGCUAAACGAAUGAAGCAUAAAGCAGAUGCAAUGGUGGAGAAGUUCGGAAAGGCUUUGAACUACGCCGAGGCCGCCUUGUCGUUUAUCGAGUGUGGAAAUGCCAUGGAACAAGGCCCGAUGGAGUCCAAAUCUCCCUACACCAUGUACUCAGAGACCGUGGAGCUCAUCAGGUAUGCUAUGAGACUAAAAACCCACUCCGGCCCCAAUGCCACACCAGAGGACAAACAGCUAGCUGCAUUAUGUUACCGAUGCCUGGCUCUCCUGUACUGGCGGAUGUUCCGGCUGAAAAGGGACCACGCCGUAAAGUACUCCAAAGCACUUAUCGACUAUUUCAAGAAUUCGUCCAAGGCUGCCCAGGCCCCAUCCCCCUGGGGGGCCAGUGGAAAGAGCACUGGAACCCCAUCCCCCAUGUCUCCCAACCCCUCUCCCACCAGCUCCGUGGGGUCUCAGGGCAGCCUGUCCAGUGCCAACGCCCUGUCCCCGUCCACCAUCGUCAGCAUCCCGCAGCGCAUCCACCAGAUGGCGGCCAACCACGUCAGCAUCACCAACAGCAUUCUCCACAGCUACGACUACUGGGAGAUGGCCGACAACCUGGCCAAGGAAAACAGAGAAUUCUUCAACGACCUGGAUUUGCUCAUGGGGCCUGUCACCCUGCACAGCAGCAUGGAGCACCUGGUCCAGUACUCCCAGCAGGGCCUGCACUGGCUGCGGAACAGCGCCCACCUGCCGUAGGGACCUCACCCUCGAGCCAGCUGUGCUCUCAUCUCCACGGACCGCUCCAAGUUUCUGGACACUGUGCUACUGAACUCCCCAGCCACAGCAUUUAUCAGACUGCAGUGAACAUUUCCUCGGCAUCGAACAGUGACCUUUUCCCAGGGCAUGUGUGUUUGUACGUGUGGAUAUAUACAAAGCUGCCUGCGUGCGUGUGUGUGUGUGUGUGUGUGUGUGUGUGUGUAAGAUACACAGCUCUUUGGCACACAUUUGUCUACUUUCCAUAGCCCCAGGCUAGACAAAGUGAUCAGAGAUUCCUGAUUAGAGGAAAUACACACAUAUACACACAUUCACAGGCACAUACUUUCUAUCCAGUGCUAAACCAUGACUUCUUAGAAAAAUUCAACCAAAAUCUCUUAGGUUAGUUAUCCAGGUGCAAUACAGCACACCAAAAGCUUAACUGCCAGUUAAGGUGAACCUAGCUCUUAUAUUAUUGAUUACUUUCAGUAUUAAUAUGCUAUUCCCUCAUUAUUUUUGAUCAGUGUGUAUUAAUGGAUAAUUGAAUCAUGAAGGCAAGUCACUUAUUUUUGUGCCAGAACUUUAUUAGAUUGCAUGUUACCAAAUACCCUGCCCUUCCUCUUACGCUGUCCCCUCCAUCCGUUAUUAUCAGUUAGAUACAUUCCAAGCAAAUGGUUUGAUUCCCACAAGCCCUCCUUGCCCCACCCCCAAAUUGUAUGAAAAUGGCACCAGGAUUUGGUGAAAACUCAAUGUCCUUGAAAUGUAACACACACGAAAGCGUCGAUGACAGUUGUUUCAGAGCUCAGUUAGGAAUCGACGUCUGUACCCAUGACAGGUCCCCCAAGGCCAAGCGUUUCCUCCUCUUGCCACUGUGACCCAAUGGCUGUAGAGCCACGUGGCUUUUGUCAGCCAAUAUGUUUCAAGUCUUUUUCUCUCCAUGGUAGAUUUCAUACAAACUUCCUUCAUGGCCAAAGGAGGACAUUACCUAGAAUGUCUCUUUGCUAGGAGCCCAGCUGUUGCUUCUCAGGCUGGGAGCUAUUUGUGAUCAAAAUGCUGUCCGAUUUUCACACUUCACACAGAAUGUGCCUCUGCAGGCCUUUGGGGUGUUACAAUUUGGGGGAUGAUUUUCAGGCUUUGAUUAAUAAGCUGCUUACAGUGCAGGGAAAGUUGUUACUGCAAGAAUCGCUGUUCUCUCUGCAGUAGCAAGGACCAGAACAUCUUGCUUAUAUCUUGCGCAUCUGGUAUGUUUACAUCUUACCACGGUUCUUUUUCUUUCCUUUUUUUUUUUAAGUUUACAUUUUAGUUCUUGAUCUCUUGUUUACAAUGUUUGUCUGAACAUUAUUUUAUGGCCUAGAGUUAGUCUUCUUGUUAAAUAUAUUUGGAUAUGAAAUAUUGGUAAAAAGAAAACUCUUCCUGAGAAGAGAAGUUGUAUCUUGCCAUACUUUGAAAACGUAAAAAAUAAUAUCUUUGAGUUACUUGACAGAAUUGUACUGGAUCGGUCUAAGAGACAGGUGAGGCAGUCCCUGAAGUGAGCCCUUGUUCAAGAUGAUGGUGGCACAGAAUAUGUUCAGUAGAUGCUAAAAUAUAUCUUCACUGAUCUUCUGGGACAUUGGUUGCAAUGUUAACAUUUUUGUCAGCCUGACGCACAGGUGGGAAAUAAGACUGCUGUAAUUCCCGAGUUCGCUGCAUUGCUUCAAAAAUAUGCAAAAGAUUGAACAACUUUGGUGCUUUGAAAUUAGUUGACAAGGAGCAAGUGAAAUUUGCAUUCGGCUUUGACCUUCAGGUACUUGCAUAUAUUAAAAAUACAAGCUGAGUAUCCCUUAUGCAAAAUACUUGGGACCAGAAGUGUUUUAGAUUUCACAUUUUAGAAUAAUCACAUGUACAUAAUGAGAUAUCCUGGGGUUGAGACCAAAGCAUAACCGUGAAGUUCAUUUAUGUUUCAAAUACGCUUUUCUACACAUCAUCUAAGGCAGUGGUGGUGAACCUAGGGCACAAGUGCUGCAGCCAGCUGUUUGUUAUUGAAAGCUCUAAAAGGUUCGCCAUCACUGGUCUAAGGUAAUUAAUCUUAUACAGUACUUUUAGUGCACCAGUAUUUUAACUGUGAGAGUCACAUGCAGUCAGGGAUAGAAUUUGCCACUUACAGAGUCAUACUGAUGUUCAAAAGGUUUUAGAUCAUGGAGCAUUUUGGACUUUGUAUUUUUAGAUUAGGGAUGCUCAGCCUGUAUUUCCAUUUCCUGUUUAUCCAUGUGACUUGCUUCUUCCAUCCCUUUCACUAAUUGUUGGCAGACUUCAAGAUCCCAUCCUAUGCUAGGGUUGUGAAUCUAACAAGUCAUUUUGAACUUUUCUUUUUUCUGCAGGACUGAGGUUUUGCUCCACUUACUGGUGAAUUCUGAUGCAAAGUUCAAACUGUCACAGAAAGCGAUGACCCUUGGGGUCUGCCAUGCUUUGCCAGGGAGCUUUCCUCUUCCUGCCCAUCUUUAAAGUUGCAAGCCUUAUAGAGCACCCAGGGAAACCCCAUCUAACUGUGCACAUGGCCUCUGGCUACUUGUGGUGGCAUUGUUUUAUUAACAUGAUGACCACCUGUGUUUCCCAACAAAACCUCUAGAAGCUGGUCAUUUUGAGGGAUGGUCAGAGCAUGCAGGUCCUAUCAGUGCCUCCCGUUCAUCUGUACAGCAUGUCAGGGCAGCAGUUUCUGUUUGGUGUAAUGAUUUUGGUAAGGAAUCAUCUUCUGAUUGUUGCUUGUGAAAGUGAUUCAUAAUUUGUUCCUUUUUUUUUAAAUUUGGUUCCACAUGGAAACAUCUUUCUUAUGUUUGCAGAUUAUAAUAGUGAUACCUGUUCAUUGUAAAAAUUCAAAAGUAGAAAGUGCAAGUCUGAAUGUCAGAAACAACCACAGCUCACAGUUUGAUGUACCUUCCAGAGGGUCUUGCAUUUAAACAUGUAACAUUUAUGACCACUUCUUUGUAUUGGAAGACAUAUUCUUUCCUCAGAAGUGUAACACAAGUUCAACUGACCUUAUCUGUCGUGACCUGAAUGGAAACCACCCUUUAUCACUUGGCUAGAAUUAUCUUUGAAAGAAAGUAGCUCAAAUAUAUUCCUGAUCAGACUUUGGCAUCAGUUACGACUCUAUGCAGAUCAAACUCAUGUGCAGAAUUGUUCCUGGAGAGAGGUCUGGUUGAAACAGGUACUUCUGGAAACUUUCAAAUUGCAAAUGGAAACUCGGACCCACUAUCUAAAGAGGAAUGUACAGGAAAAGUAAUCUAAAGAGUUAACAAAUUAUGUACUAGAUUGAACCGUGGAAUGCAAUGCAAUGAGACUUUCUGCACUAAAGCUUACCCUACUAUGUACAACAAUGAUGUGUGUAUUAUAGAACAGUGAUGUGUACAUUUCUGACACCCCAUACAUGAUAUACACAGUUUGUAUAAAUGCAUACAUUUAAAAAUAUAUAUGUACAAUACAGCUAACAUAAACUGUGGUACACGUGACGGAUAUUACUAGUGCCUAAUAUGGAGUAUAAGUCACUGCGUGCUCACAUCACCUUGGAAGUGCAGUCAUUGUUAUAAAAUUAAUCAGUGCAGCCAACAUUAUUUAUGAAACACAUCUUUGAAACUGUGCAGUAGCAUAUACAUAUAUAUUUUUAAAUAACAUUUUUCACAGUUUUCCAGAGUUACUGUUGAAAUCUGUAUCACCAAAAAAAAGAAAGAUUUUUUUAAUGAUGUAGACACUCUUCAGACCCAGUUAUCUGCGUGUGAUUUCCUGUUUGUAGAUACCCGAGAGACUUCAGCGGUCAACAGCCUUAACGCAUGUACAGGAUAUUAUUGUGACUUAAUUUAUCUGCAGUUUUUAAUCCAUGUGAAAUUGGAAUUUAUAAACGGACUUGGAUUAAAUAUGUCUGCCUUUCUAAGGUUGCAAGCGUUACAUUAAAUGAUCUAUGUUGUACAUGAGAGAAAUCAAGUUGUAUGUUAAAAAAA